ACUGAGCCGCACUGGUCGUGUGUGCGUGUGUGCGCAAAGCUGUGUGAACAACAUACAACAAGCGAAAAGUCUGCAGCAAACACACAAUAGACGUACACGGUGUGGAAGCAAAAGCGCGGCAGGCGAAGGAAAGCCAAACAAAAAAGCGCACAAACCGAGCACAACGAUUUUCCCGACGAAAACCGCGUACCGCGGAUUGUACGCGUCCCUCCUUUUUUCCCCAGUUGCAGGUGUGCCAACACUUGCCCAUACAGGAAAAAAACCGGUACAGAACGAGUGUUUUUGUGUGUGAGUCGAAAGCAGCCUUCAUCCAAUCAUUACUAUUGUUUAGUGACAAAUCCGCGCGAUUUGUUGUUUGCAGUUGAACACAGCUUACGUGCGUGUGUGUAUGUGUGUGGGUGCGUGUGAGUGUGUUUAGGCGUCCCAAAUUGUGCACGCAGAGAAGGGAAGAGAGAGGGCGAGUGCAGACAGUACGGACCGGGUGCAGUUGUUUACGCCUGAUGCACACACUGCUCCGCGUCCGGUGUUUGUGCGUGUGUGUGUGUGUGUGUUGAGCGGUGGAAAACAGGCAGGCCCACUUCCGGUGGCCAGUAGCGGUACCGGAACGGGACAAACCGAACUAAACGGAAGAAUGGUGCAAUGUGGAGCGUCCAUUUGCAUGGUAUAAAACAAAACAAACCGACCAACACGCGAAAAAGCGGAAAAGUGGUCCGAACGACCCAGCAAGGCGCGUUUUCCACACCCGUCCGCACUAUGAGUAGCGGCUAGGGAAGGGGGGCAGCGGAAAAAGGCGGUGUGUGUGUGCACAGUUUUACCUUGAUCCUUGAUUUGGGUGGGAGAAGAGGUGGAAAAAAACAACAAAACGCACACACUCACACAGCGAUAAACGCAAACAAGCGCAGUGAAAACAGUGAAACCGUAAAGCAUCCGACAACAGAUCAACCUUUUCCAUAUCCCUGUACGCGAGGGGUCAUCCAUCACACGCACCACCCUAGAGUGGGCUGCAAUCAACGGGGGAGGUGAAAAUUCAACCCCCCCCCCCCCGCCCUUCCUCCCAACACCACCCCCCACACACCCGUCGGGACGCUCAUCCGUUUUUUGUGUGCAUUCUUGCCAGGCGUACCCAAGCAUACCGAGCCACACACACACAGGCACAAACACACGGACAAGAGGUUUGGUUGAUGUGCACAAAAAAACCCCCCGGCAGCCCGAUAAACGAUGAGUAACGUACGCUGCAACGAGCCGCCACCAACGGCAACCACGUCGCUCGCUCCGAAGGAUGCGGAAGCGGACACCGGACCCUCGAUUGCACCGGUACAGCCACCGGUGGUGCAGGCAAGCAGUAACAAGGGUACGCCCUGCCGGAUCAAUGGCGUGAAGGGCUACCAGAACCGUACCAACAGUAUUAUCUACUGUCCACCGUUGCUGCGCGGCAGCAACACGUCGAAGGACAAGUGCAGUGCAAUCAUUUACUUCGGUGGUGAUGUGCAGGAUAUCCCGGAAAAGAUGGAAUCGAACCGGGACAACAAGAACUACAUUAAAUGGAAUUUGGAAAAUACGGCACUGCUGCUGCGCGAAUCCUUCCCCCAGUCGCACAUUGUCGUGGUGCGUCCGAUGAGGAUGGAGUACAGCACGUUCAGCUGCUUCGAUAACUUUGUGCGGGGCAACAACGCUGGCAUACCGGACCACACGCCGAUGCAUUUUUCCCUGCAGCAUCUCGAAGAACUGCUGAUAAAUCUCACGAAAAAGCUAACGAAACCAAUACUGGAUCAGGACUUCCUGCUCAAGCUGCUCACCGCUUCCAGCACCAAGGGUUACGGUAGUGACGUACAGCCGUGCAAACAGAGCAAUGUCGAUAUUUUGCAGAGCAAUAUCUACGACGGAACCGGUACCGAGACGUCCGAGCCGAAUCUGGCGGAACUGUUGUGGUGGCGGGAAAAUUUAAAUCUCGACAAGGCGAGCCUAAAGCUGAUCGGUUUUAGCAAGGGUUGCGUGGUGCUGAACCAAUUCAUCUACGAGUUUCACUACUACAAAACGCUCACACCGGACGACAGCACGAUGAUGCGGCUGGUGUCGCGCAUCAGCGACAUGUACUGGCUGGACGGUGGGCACGGCGGUGGCAAAAACACCUGGAUCACAUCCCGCAGCCUGCUGGAAACGCUCUGCCGGCUGUGCAUCAAUGUGCACGUGCACGUCACACCAUAUCAGAUCCAGGACGACCACCGUCCGUGGAUCCGGAAGGAGGAGAAAGCGUUUACCGAGCUGCUGAAGCGGCUCGGGGCCGCCUUCGAUCGUCACCUGUACCCGAGCGAAGCGAACUCCACCAACCUGUACACACACUUUGACGUGCUGAACCGAUUUCGGCAGCACCAGAUCAGUCUGUUCUCGCAGCAGCUACACCAGCAUCACCAGAUCCCGCACGUGCAGCAGCAGCAGCAGCAACAGCAGCAGCAGCAGCAUCACCAUCAUCCCGGUGCCGGUGGUAACUAUCCGCGGCCACCGCCGCCGGACGACAUUGACGACCAGGAGCAGCAGGGCAUCGGUUCGCCCGGGCAGGACGAGUACGCGGUCGGUGAAAGGAUCGUGAAGCCUGCCAUCUUCCACGAAGUAGACGACAGCGAUGGGGAAAUUGAGGACGAGGACGAUGUACCGAUGGUGGCGGCCACGGUCACCGCGAUGGAGAUGGUCGACGACCACGGUGAUAAUAGCAUGCAGCACGACAACUGACAAUCGGGACGCGAUUGUGCGAACUUCAUUUCCGUAUUCAUUUAGAGAAGACUAAGUUUGGCUAUUUUUUUUUGUCACACACCCUUAAACCCUUCGAGACACACACACAAGAUUGAGGUUUGCCAUGUUAGAUUUUACCGGAUGCAUCCCCUCUCCCUUACAUAUGCUAACCCACACACAAACACACACGCACACGAUUCGAACCCGUAAUAGUAUGGGUGGUGUAGGUGAAUCCGCCAUCUCCGCCGAUCCGCCAUCCGAAUGGGCCGGUCCCAUAGUACAUUCGAUCCGGUUUCUUUCUUUUUCCCAGGAAGCAUUUAAACAUUUCAUCUGUCGUCUCAUGGAAGGUAUUAGGUUUAACAAUCGCCCUUUAUAGAAGUAGCAGGAUAAGGACUUCGGGUUAGCAGACGGUGCAAUAUGAUAAGGCGAUGCGCACUAAAACGAACAAAAGCUCUCGAUCAAUGAGUGUUUGUGUGUGUGGGUGUGUAUGUGUGCUCUUGUAUGGAUGGAUAGGGAUGUGAGUUCGAGGGAGAGAAAGAGAGAGAGAAAGAGAAAGAGAGAGAGAGAAAGAGCAAUAAGGGAUGAGCAAGGCAUUAGGGUAUUCCUGUAUUAAAUACAAUAAUAUGCUAAACAUUAGUUAGCAACAUCUAGCCGCCUCUAGCUGUUGCUGUGGUUAUCGUACGCCCAUGCCCAGCGUUUGGGGUCGGUUAAUUAAACCAUAGAUGGUCAUUGAAAUCCAAUUGAAAGGGACUACUUUUAAUUUCCAAAAAAAAAACAAAAUAAUUCCUCGCGGUGGUAUUGCAACAAUAAUUUUAAAUUUUGCGAAUAAUGUGGGCGAAUGUGAUGUAUGUAAAAAUGUGUGUGUGGGUGUGUCCUGUGUGGCUGUAUACGUUUCCUUCUGGGUUAAUUAUUAUCGUAUCUAGCCUCUAUGUAUAAUAAGGGAGAGGGAGCUUUCUUUUAAUCGCGCAAGCAUGCUUUGCUCAAUUUCACUGUAAAUUUGUCUGUAUUGUGUAAGUUCUCUCAUUGUUUUUUUUUUAUUUUAAAACCAAACAAAAAUUAUAAAAAAAACACACACAGACAGAUGGCGCGGCUCCCAUACUCCCAUAUUCAUCAUCACCCAUUUUAAAUCCUCCACUCGUAGUGGAAGUUUUUAGUUUCCUAAAUUCCUCUUAAUUACAAUAAUAAAAUAUAUUUUAAUUAUAGCA